CUAUUAAAGGCCUCAUCUUCCAACACAUUUCCAUCAAACUUGAGAAUUCACGCGCUCUGUCCAAGCCUACUCGAGCGGGGGAAGAGUCGGCAGAAUUCUCUUCUAUCUACUUCGAAACUCCGGCAAAAACCAUGCAGACGGUUAUUAUUAAGGUUGAUUGGUCCAGCGAGAAGCACAAGAAGAAGGCCAUCGAGAUAGUCUCCAAAAAUGAAGAAGUACAAUCAUUCAAUGUGGACGACGAGAACAAGCAGCUUACAGUGAAUGGGAGCAUGGAUACCGUAGCGCUCAUGAAAAAUAUGAGAAAGAAAUUCCCGACAGCAGAUAUUGUCUACAUGGAGAGUGAGGCCUCAAGGAUGCUUGAGGCCUCACAAAGGGAGCGUAACCCCCGUAACCAUAACAAUCCUAACAACGGCUACUACCCUGAUCCCUAUAAUAAUACAAAUCGUGGCUAUCACCUUGAUCCCUAUAAUAAUUUGAACCACGGCUAUCACCAUGAUUCCUAUAAUAAUUUGAACCAUGGCUACCAUGUCGCUCCCUAUAAUAAUCAUAACUAUGGUUUCGGCCCUUCUCAAGCCUACGGAUACCCACAUGACCACAAUCCUUACAAUUGGGGGCCGUCCGCACCGCUGUUCCCGGGUUACCAUGGUUAAUAUCCUCCUUAGUGGGAAUAUGCUCACGGCUAUGUGGACUUCACAAGUCCUUUGAUUCUACUUUGUACAACUUUUCACUUGUGUCGCUCUGCCCUAUCCUUUGUAAGUUUGCAUGGAUGUUAAUGUAACGUUUGGUUUGGUGUGA